AUGAUAAAUGUUUUUUAAGCUAAAGUUCCUGCUAGAUUCAUUAGAUAUGAUAAUCUUUCAUCUUAUAAACUUGAAUAGAAUUAGUUACAGAGCUUAAAUAAGUUAAUAAUUGUUCUUAGUGAUGGAGACGUAUUAGAUUUUGAUAAAUUUAAAUAAACUAUAGACGCAUUAGAUGAUAUUUCAGAAUUAUAAAUGAAAAUAAAUAUUUCUGAUUCUGAUGAAGUGCAUGAAGUAUUUUAGUACUUAUUAAAUACAGCAUUUCCAAAAUUUAAAAAUACUGUGUAGUAAAUAGCAUUUGAGAUGUUUUAAAUAAAGACAAAAUCAGCAAACUUAACCUAAAACUAGGAAUUGCAAACUUUAUAUGACUUUUUAUCAAUAAUUGAUAAAAAAAAUGGUUCAAAUGUAUGUUUUAAGUAACUAGACAUUAAAAUAGAACUAGAUAAAAACAAUUAAAAAUUAGUAGAAGAACUUCUCAAAUUACCUAAUUAACUAGGUGUUUUGACUAAUUUAGAAGGUAUUUCAAUUGAUUUUAAUAAUUUGGGUUUAGAUUAGUAAUAUUUUUAAGCAUUAUUCAAAGCUAUUUAGAAAAUGAGUAAAUUAAAAAAACUUUGUAUGAACAUUAGUAAAAAUCGCUUAACUGUUAAUAAUACUUUAAGCUUCAUCUAAUAAAUUGCAAAAAUAUCAUGUAACAUACAAAGCUUAGCUUAUAUAGACUCAUAAAUGAUAAAUGCUUAGUGUAUGGAUAAAUUUGUUUAAGGAAUGAAGAGAUUUAAGAAUUUAAAAGAGCUAUAUUUGCAAGGGAUAUCAUUUAGUUAACAUACAGGAGGAAAGUUCUUUUCCAUAUUUUCUUGCUUGCCUUAAUUAGAAAAGCUGAAUUUAGAUUUAUUUGAUUGUAAAAUAAACCAAGAAGAUAUGGGGUUUCUUGUGAAAAAUAUACAAACUCUAACAAAUUUGGAUUCCCUUUACUUGGUAUUUCCUACAUAAAAAUAAUAUUCUGAAAAGAAAUCAAUUUGCUAAGCUAUUGUUCAAAUUUUUUAAAGAUUUGAAAAUCAGCUCAAGUCACUGCAAUUAGAAGUAAAUGAAAGAUUUUAUUCUGAAGAAAGUAAUUUAAUUGCUGAAGCAAUUUGCUAAUUAAGAAAAUUAAAAUUUCUUUAAAUAAUAUAUGGAGGUAAUUAUAUUUAAGUCACAGAUAAUAACUAAGAUAGUAUAUGGGAUCAAAUGUAGCCUUAAAUUUCAUAUACCUCUAGAGAAAAUAUAUUUUUGUGCAUUCUAUAUAAUAAAAUUAUGCUUAAUUAAAAUUCUGAAAUGUCUUCACUCAGUAUUGAAUAUACUGAUAAUUAUUAAUUCAAAUAAGAAGACUAUUAAAAAUUUACAAAAAUGAAAUCUCUCACUUUUAAUCUUGUUGGAUAUUAGAUAAACCACAUUUUAAUAAUGAAAAUAAUUUAAGCUUAUCCAUAAAAUCUUAAAUAAUGGAGUUCAAGAAAAUCAUAGAAAUUUCUUAAUGUUGUAAAGAACUUUAUUUUCUAAGUUUUAAAAUAUAUAAGCUACAAUCAAAAUUAUUAAAAUAAUUGUUCUAAGAAUAACCAUAUCUUUAAUAGUUAAUAAUAUAUGAAAAUACAAAUUUAUUUAUGUUUAUGGAAGAAGAUCAAAAAGAAGACCCAUAUGUUUUUUUGGAAGCAAAUUAUUUGA